GGUGGGGUGGGAGGGGGGAAAAGCAAAGUUUGCCGGAGAUUCGAAAUGAUACGGCUCGAGCCGGAGCGACGAAGCGGGAAUCUGUUCCUCCAGCUCGACUGUGAGCGGACAGGAGCCUCCCCGUCGCCGAGAGAACGAGCGAGCGAGCAACAAACUCCUCAGAGUUAGACGAACUGCGUGGGUCUUCGCUGCGCGUCGCCCAGAGUUUGCUCGGAGGCGGCUCAUCCUGGCCUCGGGAGCCUGAUCCCGUGGAGUUUUUCCCCCUUUCUGGAUAUCCCAGUGGCUUUAAUUUAGCCACAUCAUAAAGACUUCAGUGCCCUGGAAGACCCUCAAUAGCAUGUUGAGUGUCAUUUGACUACUUUGAGAUGCCCAUCAUCAGGCAUUAUAUUGAACACAUACAUAUUCUGCCACAAUAAGGCAGCACAGCACAGAAAUAGGUGAAGGGGGCUAAAGAAGACAUGUGCAGCAGUGUGAAUGGAAUUAAAAGUCGUUAAAUAUUUUGGGAUGAAACUGAAGUGAGGAAAAUCACUUCAGUGAAGUUCAAUAUUGAAGAGAGCAAGAAAGGCUGUGAGUUCUCUGUGUGGAGACUGCUAUUAAAACCAUUUCAGGAGCCUUCAGCCAGUUGGAUGCAGUUAGGAGACUGCUUUCAAAGUCAUGUGGACAAACAUGUUUGGACAGGACAUUACUUUAGGUGACCUGUGGUAAAAAUCAAGCAAGAAGGACAAUGACAAGCACAGUACCUUCCAAGAAGCCUUACCGUAAGGCUCCACCACAACAUCGUGAGAUUCAUCAUGAGCUGCCCAUUCUGUGUGAUGAAUAUGAUGGUGUGAUUUUGGCAGAGCAGAAUCAGGAGCCCUUGACAGAUGCAGAUAGGAUAAAAUUGUUGCAGCAUGACAAUGAGGAGCUACGUCGACGUUUGGCCUAUGUCACCAACAAAAUGGAAGCAAUGGAGAGGGAGUUGGAGUCUGGGCAAGACUAUCUGGAGAUGGAAUUGGGCCAAAAUCGAGAAGAACUAGAAAAAUUUAAAGACAAAUUCCGUAGACUGCAAAAUAGUUACACAGCUUCACAAAGAACAAAUCAGGAUUUGGAGGAGAAGCUGCAUGCCCUGGCCUCUCUCAGUCAAAACUGGAUUUUUGCAAUUAAAAAAGCUGAAAUGGAUCGGAAAACUCUUGAUUGGGAAAUUGUGGAGCUCACUAAUAAGCUUCUGGAUGCCAAAACAACUAUCAAUAAAUUGGAAGAGCUUAAUGAGCGGUAUCGGCUAGACUGUAACUUAGCAGUGCAGCUCCUGAAGUGCAACAAAUCUCAUUUUCGGAACCACAAAUUUGCUGAUCUUCCAUCUGAGCUGCAAGAUAUGGUCAACAAGCACCUGCAAAACACUCAGGAUUCUGUAGGCCCUGGCCAGGAGGAAUUGCACACCUUGGCUCCAUCUGAUGCGGUACCCACCUCAGUCAUUGCUAGAGUGUUGGAGAAGCCAGAAUCACUGGUGCUGAACUCAGCCAAAUCCAGUAGUGGAAGUUGCUGUAUGGCUGAAGAUGUUUUUGUGCAUGUAGAUAUGAGUGGCACUCCUGAACCUUGUGUGAGUUCGGGCCAAAGAGAAAGCAAAGAGAAAGAAGGAUCAAGUCAGCAAAAUGGGAGCUGCAGAUCACAGAACUGCCUGGAGAGCCUGCCGAAGGAGGUGCCUACUUUUGAGAAACUAAGCCCAUAUCCUACCCCUACCCCACCCCACCCCAUGUAUCCAGGCCGCAAAGUAAUUGAGUUUUCAGAGGACAAGGUGCGGAUUCCAAAGAACAGCCCACUGCCUAAUUGUACUUAUGCUACCCGCCAAGCUAUUUCUUUGAGCUUAGUCCAGGGGGAGGAUGAGAACUGUGACAAGCAGCGGCCCCUUCCCAGCAGCCCAGCCUCAGGUCAACGCUCUGCUUCUAGCUGCUCCUACCAGCCUUCCCCCAAGUUGAGCCGGGUUCCUGGAUCUUCUCAAAGCAGCCCCUUCAGCAGCCCCCCACAGGUUCCCAGCACGUUUGCCAGCUCCGCCAGCUCAGAGGAAGAUUUACUAGCUAACUGGCAGCGGAUGUUUGUGGAUAAGGCUCCUCCUACCACAGAGCAGGUGCUAGUAAACCGUACUGCAUUUAGCCGUGACGCAGCACAGGAGCUCCAGAAACGUUUCAGUCGCUCCAUGCAAGAGUUAGGCCGGGUAGCUUCCGCCUACUCGGAUGGUGAAGAAUCAGUGCAGAGCUGCAGCUGGACUGUAAGCAGGGACUCAAGUGUGGACAUCGACAGCACAGAGUUUCAGAGUCGCCGGAACCACUUCUCUUCUGACUACAGCACAGAUUUCUCCCAGGAUGAAAGCUGCAAACUGCUGCAAGGGUGUGGUACCGAGGGGAUGGCAGAGCUGGUCACUUCUUCACCAGAGAAGUCCAAAGAUUACAUAGACUACACAUCUGGGAGCCCAGCUGAAGAACAGGAAUUGCUACUCCAGGAAAGCAGGAUGAACAGCCACGAGGGGGUUUCUGAGCAGAGCAAGGAUGGCAAGAAUAAGCCACCUCCUGGGCGCCCACAUCGCAGCCCCAAGAGAAUGGGGGUUCAUCAUUUACAUCGGAAAGACAGCUUAACCCAGGCUCAGGAGCAAGGCAACUUACUUACUUGAGAAUGGAGAAGAUUGUCUUGGCUUCCCAGGUUGAGCACUGCAUUCUCUUCCCAGGCUUGCCCUUCAUGCCCUGAGACACAAGGGAUUGCCAUCAUGUUAUUUUGGCCAGGAAUUCUAGGCAAUGUUUAAGUAUUUACUGUCUUCUUAAUACACAGGAAAGGGGGGAGACAGCUCUUCUCUAGCAUCAGGAUGCAUUUGGAUGUACGCUGGCAACACUUUUGUGCUGAUGUUGACUGCUCAAGCACUCCUCAGGUGUAGAUAAGAGAUAGAAUUGUGCUCUCUGUGCCUGCCUUCUCCAACCUGUUCUUGUCUUGAAGGCCAAGAUCUAGAAAAUAGUUCAGAGUCCAAUUAUAAUAUAUAUAUGAUUGGAAAACCAGCACAAUUUUAGAUCCACACAAGCACUCUGUGUGAAAUUGAAUUUGGUGGUCAUUACUUUACAGGCCUUCCCUCUUAAAGUAAAGAACAAUGGAGCGGUUGAAACAAAGGUAUGUUUUCUAUCUCCCUUCCACGCGUUCUUUCUCCAAACGCUUGGUGAGGGAUUCCACCUGACAUCAUUUCUUUUCUUCGAAACGUCUGCCUUCACACUUACGGAUCAGCUCCAAUUGAUUCAAAUUAUGUCCUGAGACACCUGAAGCCUAUAUUUCUACCUUUUUUGUGGCUUGUGGCACGAGAUAGGAAUAUUUAAUCCCUAUUUUCUUGCCUCAAUCUCCCACCAAGCCAUCAGGUGAAGAAUAUGAAUGAAGUGAGAAGCCUUCCAUGAAUGAACAUCCUCAGUUCUGUAAGCUUUUGGUGAAUUCUGUAAAAUUUUGGUGAGUUCAUGUUUGUUUCUCCAAGCCUUCCUGUGGCUAUGUGCAUAGGUUAACAGGGCCGAUGAGGCACAGGAACCAGCUUUACCGUUUCUUUGCAUGUUGCGUAUGGGGAGUGGGGCUCCAUAUUCUGGAACUUGGGAUUUUCUGCCAAACUAGACCUCAGACUCCCUGCCAUAGUCACCCAACAAAACUGAGCUAGAUUGUUUGCCAUAAUGAGCUGAGUCUGCAUAGCUGUCUGCUCAGCUAUCACUUGGGUUCUCUGGACCAUGUCUUGGUGAUAGUAUACUAUGUAUGUUUUCCUUUGGACUAGUCUUCCUCACUCUUAUUCUUUAGAUGUGUAGGGGCUAAAAUUCCCAGCAAGUGUGACUGUAUAGGGCUGCACUUCUUGAGGAUGCCAAAUUGAGGAAUGCUGCUUCAGGUCUUCAACUGUUAAUAUGUACUUAUCUCUCCAUUUUUGGGUGAGCAGAAAGGUGUUGUGGGAUGGGGUGAUACAUGCUGUGGAAGAAAUACCUCAGCUUUUUGAUUUUAAGUCAUCUUAUGUCUGGUCUGUAAACUUAUUUCACUAGCUGAGGAAGAAAUCCACAUUAAUCCAAGACUAAACCAUACAGCCAGCUUGCCUCUUGAUGACUCUUCUUGGCACAAAAUUACAAAAUAUUUCUUGUUUGCCCCCUUGGAGACGGCUAAUGAGGAUGGGCACCCCAAUAUGGGGUCCAAAUUGACACUAGUGCCUUUCCAAGGCCUUACCCAAGGUCUUUUAUUCCCUUUCCCCCUUUUUGGUUUCCUACUUGUAUUCCGUAUUUUGUUCUUCCUUUGUGGGUAUGUUUUUGUGUUAUUUGUGCAUUGGAGAGGAGGGAAUAAUUUCAUAGUGUUAAGGAUAUUUCAUUAAAGAAUCAAACUUUCAUAUUUGAUUUCAUUAGCCUGCCCUGCUAUUCAUGCAACCAGAGAAAUUUUGGUAAUUUUCUGUUAGCAAAUAUUAUGGCCUUUCUUUUCAAAUACAGCAAUCUGGUCAUACCUGACCUUUUGGAUAUGGUCGUUUAAAUUCUUAUUAAUGGACCAUUCCUUUAGUUAGGCUGCUAGCUACUGCGUUGUAUUAGUGAGAUGUAACUCAGUAUUUUUUUGCUAAUAAACUGGUGCUAAAGAUACUAUUCCUUUAGCUUACAUACUUAGUGGUCUGAUUUCUUCAGCUGAUAUUUACUUACUUCCUCAUUCUCUUGAUUUAGCUUGUGAAUUCCUUGAACUUUCUCUGCACUACAUGGAAGAGGACAAAGGUUGCUAUAUUUUUCUGUUCCAGUCCUCCUGUAUUCUUUUAAUCAGGUUAUUGAUGGAGAUAGGGCAGCUUGGUGAUCUUAUUUAAACCAGUAUUGGUUGAAUCUUAUCUAGUUGAAAUGAAAUAGUUGUCAUGAGCUAAUUGGGUCAAUGGAAUCGAUUUGAGACCAUUUUGGUUACACUAUGUUAAAUCCAGAUCCAGUUCUCCAUUCUAUGUUUGGCUGCAUAAAACAUUCUGAAGCUGAAACAAGUAUAGCUGAUAACGAGAUGAUCUAGAUAUUUUUUUCCUUCUCUCUUUAGAUACAUUGAACUAAAGCGGAGACCCAUACAAUUCAGCUCAGGGUUGCAACCAUCCCUCUUUUGGCCCUCACAGCCCUCCAAGUUGGUGGGAUCUAAAAUUUUGGACUUUUUACAUUUUUUUCUAAAAAAGCUGGAUGUGGUUUAAGGGCCAAAAUGGAUAAUUUAAAGCCUUGCAGAAGUUAUUGGUACCCAUUUAUCUCCUUAAGCUAACCCCUUCUAUAAGUGACCUUUGAAGUGCUGUUGACAUGCUGUCCCAGCACUUGGGUAGCCCUGUAGGUAAUAACUUAAUGGGCUAAAGGUUGGGGGAAGAAAGCCAGAAGAAACUAAAUACGUUUCUUAUUAUAAAUGAAUAGUAUAAUUUAUCAGAUAAAUUACUGUCCUUGUGCAAUCUGGCUUCUUAGCCCUUCACCUCUGGCAGUAUUUUGUUGGAGAACUUGAAUUGACUCAUUUAGCUGCCCCACAUUUUAGAAUCCCAACUCAAGACUGUUAAUCUACAACUAAAAUGCUGUGGUGGUGGUGGUGUGUUUUGUUUUGGGAUUGGGUUUUGUUUUGUUUUGAGAUUUUCAAACUGAUAAUGUAUAUUUUAAAGGCAGAAAUAAAACUAUUUUAAAAAUA